AUGAGUGAAUACAAGAUAAUUGUUCUUCAACAAGGAUUAGAGGAUGUGGCUGUGGACGACUACCAGUUUAGGAGAAUCAAGUCCUUACUAAGAAAAAAACUAAAUCUAACAAAAAAGAUGCAGAAUGAUUAUGACAAAAUUCAGAUAGCUGACCUGAUGGAGGACACAUUUCCAAAAGAUACUGGACUGGACCUGUUGAUAAAUGUGUGUGAAAGCAUUGAAGAACUUGAAGACCUUGCUGAAAGGCUUAGAACAGAGCAAGCCAAAGUUAAAAAGCAAAAGAAAGGAAAAAACGAAACUGCAGUGAAAAAAAGAAAGCAGGAAGAACCCAGUAGUUCCCGAUCUUUCCACCAUAAUGAAUCAGACAUGAGUAAGCCCUCUGCACAGAAAAAGAGAAAACAAACCAUGAAAACUGAAGGUGGCAAGAAAAGCAAGCAGACUCCGCUUCCAGAACCUUCAGGAAGCAAAACACAAAGAGAUGAAUGUUGUCUUCAGACUCCUCAGAAGCCUCCACCAGCACUAUCCAGCAGUUCCUCAAGCAAGACACCAAGGUGUGGAAAUGUACCAAAGGAGCCUUCUAAGGUGGAAGGUCACCAUCGAGUUCCCAAAGAAGUGGUGGUGUUGAAAGUAACAGAACCAUUUACUUAUGAUUUGACUGAUGACAAAAGGAUGUUCCAUGCCACAGUGGCUACUGAGACUGAAUUCUUCAGAGUGAAGGUUUUUGACACAGCCCUAAAGAACAAGUUCAUCCCACAAAAGAUCGUCGCCAUAUCAGAUUAUUUUGGCGCCAAUGGGUUUCUGGAGAUAUAUGGAGCCUCUUGUGUGUCUGAUGUCAAUGUUAACCAAACGAUGAUUAUCUCAAAUACAGUGAGGAAAAGAGCCAAUGGAACUCCUAAAAUUAAGGAUCUUUUCUCUCAAACAAAAGAGACAUAUGUGAAUGGAGUGUUUGUGGUAACUAAGAAAAAUGAGAGAAAUGACUUCAUUUACUAUGGGACUGAAGAUGAUACCGGGAAAAUGGAAGUGGUGGUCUCUGGACCACUGACCAGUAUCAAGUGUGAGCCAGGCAAUAAAGUUCAACUCAUCUGCUUUCAAUUGACCUCAAAUGAAGAUACUUGGCAGCUGAAGUCUGUAAGGCACAGCUACAUGCAGAGUACCAUAGAGACACACGUUUCCCAGAAAAAACACCAGCUUCUAGAAUUUUCAGCAACCAGCAACUUUUCAGCUGCCAAUAAACUCCAGACUCUUCCAGAAGUUGCAGCAGCCGCAGCUUCACCUAACAACCUCCAGACUUCUCAGAGACCUCUAGGAACAUGCUUCACUUUGAAAAUGUCGUCAGGCUCUCCAGCACCACUUUGCCAGAAUUUUCCAAUGUCUCCAGCAUCAGACUCCAGCAUUCAUCUGAACUCUCCAGUGCCUCUAACACUGUCCAGUGGUGUCCAGGCUCCUGAUGUACCUCCAGCAACAAUAUCUGGUAAUAGCUGGGUCCCUCACAUGCCUUCAGAAACACUGUCCAGCUCUUUCAGUGUUCCUCAGAUGUCUCCAGUAUCAGUGUCCAGCAGUGCCCAGAAUAUUCACAUACCUACAGCAGCAACAGUCAAAAGCAAACAGUCUCCUCACAGUCCUCAAGUAACAACAUCCAGACCUGCCCAAAACCCUAAAGGGCCUUCAGCAACAUUGAGAAGUGAAGCCCAGUCCAGAACGAUGACUCCAGCAAUAUUCAGGUUCCCCAUGCUCUUCCAGAAGCAGUACCCAGAAAUGACAGCACCACCCACACAUCUCAAAGAGCAACAUCCAGUGGCACUCAGACUCUUAACUCUGCUACAUAAGAGCAUCACAGAGGGUACAUGCUCCUCAGUUGCCUUCAGCAACAGCAUUAGAAGGUCUCCUGGCUCCACGUGGAUCUCUACCAACAGCAUCCAGCAGUCUCCUGCAUCCGCAGGUGUCCCCAGCAACGGCAUCCAGUGCUCUCCAGGCUCCUCUGGUGACUCCAGCAACAAGAAGCAGCCAUCCAUCAGGGGGUAUAGUAUGACACCAAGGUGUGGAAACUUACCAAAGGAGCCUUCUAAGGUGAAAGGUCACCAUCGAGUUCCCAAAGAAGUGGUGGUGUUGAAAGUAACAAAACCAUUUACUUAUGAUUUGAUUGAUGACAAAAGGAUGUUCCAUGCCACAGUGGCUACUGAGACUGAAAUCUUCAGAGUGAAGGUUUUUGACACAGCCCUAAAGAACAAGUUCAUUCCACAAAAGAUCAUCGCCAUAUCAGAUUAUUUUGGCGCCAAUGGGUUUCUGGAGAUAUAUGGAGCCUCCUGUGUGUCUGAUGUCAAUGUUAACCAAAUGAUGGUUAUCUCAAAUACACUGAGGAAAAGAGCCAAUGGAACUCCUAAAAUUGAGAAUCUUUUCUCUCAAACAAAAGGGACAUAUGUGAAUGGAGAGUUUGUGGUAACUAAGAAAAAUGAGUGGAAUGACUUCAUUUACUAUGGGGUUGAAGAUGAUACCGGGAAAAUGGAAGUGGUGGUCUAUGGACGACUGACCAGUAUCAAGUGUGAGCCAGGCAAUAAAGUUCAACUCAUCUGCUUCCAAUUGACCUCAAGAGAAGAUACAUGGCAGCUGAAGUCUGUAAGGCACAGUUACAUGCAGAUUAUCAAUGCCAGAAGGAGAGACACUCAAUCCUGA